AUGUACGGUCAAAAAAGUCAGCCUUCUUGUUUCCAAUGUUACUCUGUAAACCAAGGUCCGCGCAAUCAACAAGAUGACAUCGACUUUAUCUCUGAGCUCCGGCAUCUGGAGAAAGAGUUAUUUUAUGCCAGAUCCAAUCAACCACCACUUCAGGACUCACCUCAGGACGAUCGUAUACAAAAGUCACCAGACAAUAAAAGAAUUCAGAAGCCAUCUCCUGAAGGCCGAGUCAGAGAUUCUUCACCUAAACAUAAACAUCAGAAGGUGUCACCAAAUGACAAGAUUCAGAUUCAGAAGUCUAACCAGAGGAAUCUGAAGCCAAAACAAAAAGAUGGCAGAGGUCAUCGUCGAGAAGUCAAGGAAGAAGAAGUCAAUGUAGACGUGGAAGAUGACAACGGACAGAACGUACGUGUAAUGGACAGCAAUAAGUUAAAGGUAAAGGCUAGUUACAUAUUAAUAGUGUAACUUUAAACUGUUAUUACAAGGGUUCGACAAAGGUGGGGUAUCGGGCUUAGAAUUGUGACAUGUACCACCUUAAAGAGGACAAAAAGUUAUGUUUUAAUAAUCUUUUUUGAAACCUUGCAGAUAGUAAACUUUGAAGUUCUCUAGGUCCGAUACUCUACUCUUUGGUAAUACUUUUACUCUAACAUAUAGUAUUAAAACGUUAGUUUGUAUCAUCGGACGUAUCAUUCGGGUUUGGAUAGUAACGUAGUAUAAAAUUUUAUUCCACUGAUUAGCUAAUGUUAAAUUUUAGUACUAAGCUUGCAGUAGAGUUUAUAUGCUUGCCAUUUUACGAAGAGCUUUGACCAACUUUGACUAAUUUGUAUAAUUAAACCAAAUGCUUGUUUUUACUGCGCUUUUCAUUUGUUACAGCGUGGUUUAAUUAAUCACUUUCUGUUUAAACUUUAAUUUUUAAAUUUCAGAAAAGCCCCAAACUCUGUCAAUUCCAAAAGGCAACAAGGAUUGGUACGUUUUGUAAUUUUAUACGUUCAAUUUCAUUUUUUACUGUAAUAUCAACGUAUCACGUUUAUGUAACACUAUACUGAAUUAUCAUCAGCUAAUGUUUAGACAAAGUCGAGAACAAGACCAAUGAGUACCAAGAGAAUUACGCAUCUGUAUCAUCGAGUUCAUCAUGUUUAUUGAUUCAGAAGUCUCAGAAGCAACGACAUCACGAGGAAGAAGAUGAAGCUUCGGUCGAAGUGACGGAGAAGAUUGAUGAGCUUCGGAUUCUGACGGCACCUCGGAAGCCGACCUACGGUACGUGGGAGGCUCACGAGAGUAUGGCACACACGAUCUACAGCCUCGAGAGCAGCAUCAAGAGCCUCAAGAUGCUGAAGCAGGUCGGGGCACGGAGUGAGCACGAGUUCUACGAUGUUACUAUUGUAAGUGUGCUGUGGAUAUACUGUAGCUUUAAGUUUUUUUAAAUUUUACAUUGCGACUUUGCUGUUACCUUACACACUACGCUUACUGUAUCUUUCAGGACGGCCUUAAAGCAACAAUUGACCAGUUGAACGACAUUAACUACCGCUACGACCACGAUGCCUCCAGAUUCCACAAAUCCCUCAAAACUCGAUACUAA